ACCUCUCUGUCUGUCUAGCUUUCCCAGCAGGUUCCUGGGUCGGUCCAGAGGUCUCUAGCCAUCCACCCACUUGCCAGGAACUCUCCGGAGCAGCCAUGAAGUCCUUUGUUUUGCUCCUUUGCCUUGUUCAGCUCUUAGGCUGCCACUCGGUCCCAGCUGGCCCACGGCUGCCUUACAGGGAGCCAGCUUGUGAUGACUUGGAAACAGAGCAGGCAGCCCUGGCAGCUGUGGACUACAUCAAUCAGAACCUUCGUCACGGAUACAAGCACACCUUGAACCAAAUUGACAAAGUCAGGGUGUGGCAGAGGCGCCCCUUCGGAGAGGUGUACCACCUUGAAUUGGACACACUGGAGACCCAGUGCCAUGCCAGGGACCCCACACCCUUGGCGAACUGCUCCGUGAGACAGGUGUUCCAACAUGCGGUGGAGGGAGACUGUGAAAUGCACGUGCUGAAACAGGACGACCGGCUUUCCGUGUUGUUCGCAAAGUGCGAUUCCACUCCAGACUCCAGGGAGGACGUGCGCAAAGUGUGCCCCCAGUGCCCCCUGAUGGCGCCGCUGAACGACACCAAGGUGGUGCACGCCGCCGACGCCGCCCUGGCCGCCUUCAACGCGCAGAACAACGGCUCCUACUUCAAGCUGCUGGAGAUUUCCCGCGGUCAACUUGUGCCUCUCCCAGCUUCCACCUAUGUGGAGUUUGCGGUGGCCGCCACCGACUGUGUCACUACAGGGGUCACAGAUCCAGCCAACUGCAAGCUGCUAGCAGAGAAGCAGUACGGCUUCUGUAAGGCGACACUCACGGAGAAGCUUGGUGGGGAGGAGGUGGCAGUGACCUGCACAAUAUUCCAAACACAGCCCGUGGCCCUGCAGCCCCAGCCAGAUGCCGCCAACCCAGCAAGCCCACCCCCUGCACUGGACCAAGCUGCACCUGUGCCCUCUGCAGCUGGCCUGGCUGCAGCUGCCUUGGUGGUGGGACCCAAGGUGGUGGAAGUUCCCCUGGGACCCCCUAGACACCAGGCACACUAUGACCUUCGCCACGCCUUCACAGGUGUGGCUUCGGUGGAGUCAGCCUCAGGAGAAGCAUUCAACCCACCUAAGGGGGCACAGCCUGGCAUUGCCGGUGGUGCUGGCCUAGUGCCGCCCCCAUGCCCUGGGAGGAUCAGACACUUCAAGAUCUAGCCUAGACACUGCAGAGAUGAGAAGGUUGGGCACAGAGAACCUAGCCACCAUUUUGUCCAAGUCUGGGCGUGGGUGGGGACCUUGUCUGUUGUCAGAGCAAGGCCCACAUGUGUCUAGAGUAAUAAAUAGCAAGUCUUGAAUCCCAACUUCUCUCCCUUCCUCAGAGGAGAGAAGCAGUCAGGCUGAUGGUUAUGUUUGAUGGAAGGCGUACGGCCAAUAGCUUGUCAUUGUUUUGCUAUAAACCACUGCCAUGGUGUUCUCUGCCUUCUCGCUGACCUCAUACACACAGUUGGACUGUGACUUUAAAUGGUGCUCUUGCCACACUUGUAUCAGCCUGUUAAUAAAGUGCCUGAAGGACCUUCCUUAAUAAAGAAGGCUCUAAACUGAAA